AUGUGUCGACGAUUCAGAGCAAUAAUCAACAAAUAUGAUCGAUGGACUAUUGAUUUUCAAAGAAUUGCAAAACCUGAUUUUCAUCUGUUUUGUCGAUAUAUUAAUCCUGAGAAUAUUAUUUCAUUGACACUCUCUGAUGAUCAAGAUACAUCUGGACAAGUUGAAAUAUUUCUUUCACUAUUUAAGGCUCAUCAAUUUACUCGACUUCAAUCAGUAACUUUAAUUAAAGUUUCAGCUUAUGAUUUAGAAGCGAUUUUUACAAAAUUCAAUACGAUUUCACUUAGAUCAUUCUCAUUCACAGUUGAAAAACAUAAGACUCUACAUAAAGAAACAAUGAGAAUGAAAGUUCUCUCGAUGAUUAUCACUGAAACAAAUUUAGUUAAACUCGAAUUACUUGAAUUUCAAUGGCAUGAAUUAGAAAAAAUGAUUUGGCCUAAACAAUCAACCAUUCAACAUCUAAAAAUUCAAGCUCCUGUGACUCCUGUUGAGAUAUGCACGAUUCUUGUUUGCUUAUCUCACCUAUGUACGCUAGUUAUAGGCGAACUCUAUGAUGGAUUUAAUGCACAGAAUAGUUUACCAUAUAUGUCUACACCUUUUCGGCAAGUCAUUUCGUUAGCUAUAGAAAAGAUGACAUCUGAUAUCGACGAUCUUGAACUAUUUCUUUCCCUACUGCCUUCAUUAACUCAUAUGAGACUGAUGAUCUAUGAAAAAUUGGUCGAUGGUAACCGAUUGAAAAAUUUUAUUCAAACAAAUCUUCCAUUAUUAAUCAAUUUCGAGUUUUUCUUGUGCAUAACAAAAGAUGUUUCACAUGAUCUUGCCGACAUUCAAUCACUUAUCGCAUCAUAUCAAACACUAUUCUGGCUCGAACAAAACAAAUGGUUUGUUACUUGUGAAUAUUCAACUGAUGCCAACAAACUGUAUCCAAUUCCAUUUUGUGUAUCUUCUCUUAUCUAUGACUUGAAUACAGACAAAAUAUUUCUCUUUACUUUACCUCAAUCGAUUGAUAAUGGUGCAUCGAGAAUAGAUUAUAUGACUACAUUGAAAUUAAUUUUCUCAGACACUGAACUAUUAAUACAGGAAAAUGUGAUUCAUCCAGCUAAUCCAAUUGUUUGUCUCAUUUGGUGGUUGGCUGAUUUUGGUUGUUAUAACGGAGGCCUCCUACUCAUGACUUGGCUUGCCAUUGAACGACACAUGUUAAUAUUUCAUGAUCGAUGGAUGAAAAAUCGAAGAAGUCGCUUUCUUUUCCAUUAUCUUCCUUUAAUUAUUCUACUGGCAUAUAUUGUUAUCUUUUAUAUCACUGCUAUUUUCUUCAUACCGUGUGAAAACGUCUAUGAAUACACAGUACCAGUGUGUGGUGACUAUCCAUGUUAUCAAUCCUAUGGCAUUUUUGGCAUGUGGGAUUUUAUUGUUAAUGACUGUGCAUCUGUUAUCGUGGAGGGUAUUAUUAGCAUUGCCCUUAUUCUACGUGUUCAAUGGCAAAAACGACGUAUUCAUCAAUCUCCUCAAUGGCGUAAACAAAGACGAAUGAUUAUUCAGUUAUGUUUGGUAUCUGGUUUUAGUGUCAGUGUCAAUCUACCAACCUUUAUUAUUUAUAUUUCUCAUGUAUUUGGUCUAUCACCAGAUUAUGGUGUUCAAGUUGAUCUUUAUUUCUACUUUUUGACUUACUUUGUCGUUUUCCUGUUUCCAUUCGCAUCUUUAAGUCAAUAUCUACAAUUACGCAAACUGAUUAAAACCAAAGUUUUCCGUAUGUCACCAAGACAACUACCUCAUGUAAUUAAUGGUGUACAUGGAACAAGAUUGAUAGCAACAGGUGUGUGA